UUGUCAUUCUAUCUAGCAUGUAUACUGGCAUUCGAUCUGGCAUGUGUUCGUGCAUACUUUCUGACAUCCUAUCUCGCAUGUAUACUGCCACUCUAUUGGGCAUCUAAUCUGUUCUUUUGGGCAUCAGCGCAGCUGGUUGCGGUCCGCUGAUCCACGGACCGGAUUCCGGUCCGCUCACGGUUCAGGUCCGGGGGUGCCCACUGCGGCCCGGUAGUGCCCAUCCAGAGAAGGAGGUGGAGAAGGAAGCUUUAAAAUCUAACAGCCCUCGCCUGGCAUGUGGGGAGCUAUGACUGCCCAAGGAGCGGCUCCAUCGCAUGGCACCGCAUGGCUGGAUCAGCCAGGACUUCCCUCCCAAGCACCUCUUUAGUUGUGAAGGUGCGAAGCUGGAAGAUCGACGUCACGGUCUUGAAAGGUGGCUGACGCGGAUCCUGAAUGACCCCCACAGCCGUGGACUUUGGUGCUUGGAGCUUCGUGGGUUCCUGGAAGUGGGCGGUGUGCAUACCCUCCCAGACACAGCGCCAGCGCCGCCGUCAGCCUCGGCACCGGAGCCAGAAGGACAAGUCUUAGAGAUCACCAUUCCAGCUGGCGUCACGAGUGGGCAAAGCUUGUCGGUGACUGUGCCCGACGGGCGUCAACUGACCUUCUGUGUGCCGCCGGAGGCUGCCGCGUCCGCCUCGCUGCAGCUGUGGUUCGAUCCGGUGGCUGGCACGGUGAGCCCCAUGGACGAGGACCCACCUGACUUGAUAGAUCCAGAGGAGGCCUGCCGCUACGCGAGCCAUUGCGCCUCCAGAAAGGUCGUACUUCUCUACUACUUGGGGCCGAGCGUGGCUGUGGCGAGCCUUUGUCCAAGAGGAGAUCCCUCCAAGACGUAUGAGGUACGAAUAACGGAGGAUACGGUGAUCGUGUACUUGAAUGAUGCGUGCGAGCUGUAUUUACAGGCCUCUGGUAUUGAUGUUCCCGAUGGGAACAAUGGGAAGGACCCCAGGCAAGAGAAAGAACGUCGUGAAGAUGAUGCUCGCUUCACCCAGACCUUGGCGGCCAUGCCCCGGAACUCAGGCCCCGGCGUGUUCACCUCGAUCCUGGCGAAGCUGGCACGAGAGCGCCGCUGGUGGGAUGUGGAUGCAGUGUUUGCAGAGAUGACGGCCCGCAACAUUAAGCCGAACAGGAUUCACCUCAACGCGGCCAUCAACGUCUUCGCCAAAGCUAGGCGACCGCAGAAAGCAGAAGAAUGGCUGAUUUGGAUGCAGGACAACGACCUCAAGCCAAACGAGGUCAGUUACAACAGCGUCAUCAACGCUUGUGCUCAAACUGGCUACGUCGAGCGUGCUGAGAUGUGGCUCGGCCGCAUGCUGGAAGCGGGUGUCCAAGCGAAUGAGGUGAGCUACAAUAGCGUCAUCAACGCAUGCGCUCAAAAGGGGCGUGUGAGCCGGGCGGAGAUGUGGCUGGAGAAGAUGUUGGCUGCUGGUGUGAAGACUGAUGCUUUCAGCUACAACAGCGUCAUCAACGCUUGUGCACAAAGAAGAGACAUUGAGCGCGCUGAAACAUGGCUCGAGAAGAUGCUCAGCGAGGGCAUCCAAGCUGAUGAAGUGAGCUAUAGCAGCGUCAUCAAGGCCUGUGUACAGAAGGGCGAGCUGGACUUGGCCGGCUACUGGUUGGAGCGUAUGGCGGCCGCAGGGCUUCAGGCCAAUGAGGUCACAUACAACACCGUGGCAGGAGCAUGCCUGGCUGCAGGUGACAAAGAGCGUCUUGAAAGAUGGCGGAAGCUAAUGCGCUUAGAAGAGAGUACGGUCUUGAAGGACCCGCCUCUUCAAAAGCCCUCCAGACCAUCAUCAUGCACCACCAAAAAUCUUGAUGAGGUGGACCAGGAUAUCUUGAGUGAGGUCUUGCCGAAGGGAUUGCCUGAUGCGCGGCGGAGGAGGCCUGAAGGCCGAGCUCGAGUGCCAGAUGGAGGUCCGAAGAAGAACUCGAGGCCUCGUGCAGAGGCCAAAUCAGAUCACUCUCAGACCUGGAUGUGGGCCAGGUUGUUCAUCAUGCUCGUCGUGUUGCAGUUGCUACUUGCAGUUUGGUCUGACUAUGCCGUCCAGUCUGCGAAAUCAUGA